UUGUAUUAUUUUCGCUGGUUGAAAACCGCACCGGUGUACUUUUGUUACUAACCUAAGCAUUUGGCGUAAUUUGAGGGUGUGUCAUUUUAUUCCUCAUUUUUUUGUGUCCAUUUUCGAUACACACUUGAGGACAGCAUCCAAAUGGAGCUAAUUUUCGUCAUGUCACCACUUAAAAUGGUGAACUAGUAAACUAACAGGUAAACUACCUUUAUGGAAUGAUUUAAAUUGGAUUAAAAGCACAUCACCGGCCACACAUUCUCCGUCUGAGGAGACCAGCUGCUGUGAAAUAAAGGCCAGCAGAAGAUGACGUGACGUUGCCUCACCUGUAGGCGGGGACAACUCUUUGCGUUUGUUGUUUUUCUUCGUUCACUCUCGAAAACGGAGAGUUUUUUUUUGUUUGUUUUGUUAUUCUUGCUUCUCCAAGGAGCACAGAUAUGGCGGAUGCUUUAAACGCCCUGCUAACUCAGUCCUGUUUCAGAGUUUUACAGGACAGGUUGGAGAAAUGGCAAAGAGAGUAUCAUGUGAUUUCCUGUGAAGAGAACAUGAAUCGAUGCUGUGAGAUGAUGGAAUUUACGGCCAAAAUCCAAGGACAGCUUUUUGCGAUUCUUAAUUCGGUUGCUGCUGAAGGUCAACACACAGAUGGAGUUUCCACGCUAAAAACGCGCCUGCUUCCUUGGCUGGGGGCUUGUUUCCCACCCUUGCAACCUCCUGUCCACAAAGACACCGGUUUCAGUCUUUUCCAGGAUUUGGCAGAAAAGGAGCGAAAGCUUAAGGAGCUCCCGAGCGGCAACAUGAGCGACAUGCAGUGGAUGGAGUCUCAGCUCUGCUCCACUCGCCUGGAGCUGGACUCUGUUAAGGCAGAGCUGAAUGAUGCUCAGAGGGAUCUGAACAAGACAAAGAGCAAAACAGCCACCGCCCAACAGACCACUGAAGAGGAACUACUGCAACUGAAAGAAGACUUGAGAGUGGCACACUUACAAAAGGACCUUUACAAGCAGAAAUUGGAUUCCUAUCACGACUAUGAGCGUCAGAUGUCAAAAUUGAGGGAUGAAGUGUCAUAUCUGAGCUCACAGCGGUUGGCCAGAAGCAAUUCCGCGAGGCUUCCGUCGAGCCUCCGCUGCACCUCCACCCCCCUUAGAUCCGAGACCACCCCGCGGUCGCAGCUCACCAGCUCCUCCCGCCUCAUGCGCGUGGUGUCGCGCUUCAGUGACCUGUACAAUGAGGAGCGUAAGGAGGCGCAGUUACAGCUUCAGGGCUACUUGAAUGACUUGGAGACGGUCCGGAGGAUUAUCUUCAUUGCCGUAGUGGAGUCCUUCAAAGCAGCGAAACUGGCUCACCGUCUCUUCAGGCUGCGCGCUCGCAAAAGUUUAUCCUCAUGUCACUUUGGGCCCGAAAGCCUGGAAGACACUGUGGUGGACUACAUUGUCCGAAACCAGGACCUCUACGAUGUAGAGAACAGCGUCGAGGAAGUACUUAGCGCCAUGAACCUCAACCCUCGCAUCGCCUGCAUCCCAAAAGUCAACUUUUCCGUGGCCGGCCCGUUGAUUCGGGAGACGUGCAAGUUGGCCUUCACCAUGCAGACGUUGGACCCGCCCAUCGACUUGGCCUUUGCCAGUGACGGGGAACUUUUCAUCAGCAACAAGUACCGUCGCAGCCCCGACUCGGACCUCUCGGCCCAGUUGGUCUCGUACCACGUGUGGCCCGCUCUGAUGCAGGGUGGCACCGUGCGCGCCAAGGGCGAAGUCGUGACCAAGAAAGGAGCUGUGUGGAGCAGAAGUCCAAUCAGUUUCAUGCGCUCCCAGUCUCUCAGUCCAACUCGCAAUCUCACAUUUAACGAAGGGAGAAGCUUGUCUCCGGACGCUCUCUCCGCCAGCUGUCUGUGAAUUAUUUUGGGAACCAUGACGGGAAGUAGAUUUUGACCACGCAGGAUUAAAAAAAAAAAACGGAUUGGACUGGUCAGUUUACAUCUCACGCAAGAAAAUAUCUGCCGCACUUUGCAUCCGUGUGACCGGAGGCCGCACAGUAAGUGGAGGCAAGCUAGCUUGGCAGUUAUGUUAACGGCUACUCGGUGCUAAAGUCAUUAGGCAUUUUUUUUUGUCCAUCUUAGGGUCCAUGUAAUUGUGCACUCUUCAUAUGAACCUUGAGCUGGAUACGAAGGCUAGCUAAUUAAUGCUCAAACGGCUACUUUAACCUCUCCAGUAUCACAGUAUGCAGUAUGUAUAAUUUGUCUUUGUUUUAUUUCCCCUUCAUUGUUUUGAUGCAAAGUGCCCACAAUAUGCAUUACCUCACUUAUGAUGUAAAUAGCUUGUGAAUUAACAUGUCAUUUAGGAAUCCACAGUACUGCAUUUUUGGCCACGUAGACGUAAUACGUUUAGCUUGCUGUCAAGCUAGGUGCAGUAGCGUGAACGUACCACUUUUAUAAGGAUUUUUGUGUGCUUUUUAGUUUUGGGGG